AUGGCCGACAGAUAUUCAUUCUCCCUCACAACCUUCUCUCCAAAUGGGAAACUUGUUCAAAUCGAAUAUGCUCUCAACGCCGUAAACCAAGGUGUUACUGCUCUAGGGAUCAAAGCAACCAAUGGUGUUGUUCUAGCCACCGAGAAGAAGUCAUCGACCCCGCUCAUGAACUCGUCGUCGCUCGAGAAGAUAUCUCGCAUAACUCCUAACAUCGGCAUGAUUUACUCCGGAAUGGGCCCCGACUACCGGGUCUUGACCGACAAGGCAAGAAAGGUCUCGCAUACGGAUUACAAACGAAUCUACAAUGAAUACCCUCCUACCAGGAUACUGGUGCAGGACGUCGCGAAGGUGAUGCAGGAGGCCACUCAGAGUGGUGGUGUCAGGCCCUUUGGUGUCAGUUUGCUUGUUGCCGGAUGGGACGACAAGCCGGCCGGUACAGGUCAGGGUGGACCAGCGCUAUAUCAGGUCGAUCCCUCUGGCUCAUACUUCCCAUGGAAAGCGACUGCCAUCGGAAAGAGCGCAACAUCUGCAAAGACCUUCCUCGAGAAGCGUUACGCUGAUGGACUAGAGCUCGAAGACGCAAUCCACAUUGCUCUCCUGACAUUGAAAGAGACCAUUGAGGGUGAAAUGUCCGGAGACACCGUAGAAAUCGGUAUUGUCGGUCCUCCGGCCGACCACCUUUUGGGAUUCGAAGGUGUUGAGGGUGCCAAAGGACCUCGGUUCAGGAAACUGAGUCCCCAGGAGAUUGAGGAUUACUUGACUAACUUGUAG